AUGCGUAAUGAAGAUCCCAGGUUGAUUUUAAAUUAUGACGCUUACGACAGUUUGACCUCAGACGAGGAAGAUGUACAAAAGAUACAAUCUCGACUAGAUGAAUUAGAUAGACAAAAAGAGGAUUUAAGACAAAGGCUAGAGCAUAAAGCUGGAAGGAAAAUGGCGAAAAGACUUGAAACAGGCAUGAUCGAUGUAGAAGCCUCUCCGCGUAAAAAAACUGAGACUAAGACCAAGCUUGCUGUAACGGCGGAUAGUAUGCUUUCGGUAAGUUUGCCCAAAGAGAAUAUUAACGAGUUAAAAGUACGGAAAAAUGGUAUACCAUCCAACACAACGUCAUAUUUCGUGGAAAAUUUUGCGAUUUCAAGAAAUGUUCAUAAGGCUUCAGCGGAGAAGAAGGAGAAUCUGAUGAAAUGCCGAGUGCACACUUUCCGAGAUACUGAUAGUCAACGCGAUUACCAACCUACUACUGCCAAUGAACAAGAGGAGUUUUCAGGAAAAUGGAUUUCAAGACGUUAUAUACCCACUGAUGACCUUAGGACUGUUUUUAAAGAUAUGAAAAUACUUCGACUUCCUAAAUUGUUUAGCAAAGUUAGACCACCGAAAUUUGACGAGCCAGAUUAUGCAAACUGGGUUGCAAUAGGAAUUCUGAGUUUUAAGUCACCAAUCAAAAUGACCUCUUCAGAAAAACCUGCCAAAUAUUUCAAGAUGACACUCACUGACUUCAAAUUCAACUUAGAUGUUUACAUUUUUGGUAAUAAAAAUGUGGAGAAGUAUUAUAAUUUGAAGGUUAGUGAUGUAAUUGCCAUUCUUAAUCCUGACAUAUUGCCCUGGAGACCAACUGAAGUUAAUAAUGAUGAGUUUAAAGGGUCUGUCGUCAAAUCUUUCAAUUUAUCAAUCCGGCAUGAUUUCGAUUGCAUAUUAGAAAUUGGAACAAGCAGAGACUUAGGGUUUUGCGCCGUUUACAACAAAUCAUCAAGUAAGCCUUGUGGCGCUCCGAUCAACAAGUCUGCUGAGGAUCGGUGUCAAUACCAUCAAGAAAUCAGAAUUAGACAGGUUAAUGCACAAAGGCUGGAACUCAACGGAAAUAAGUCACUAAGAUCACCAACGAAAAACGGUAUCAGGCAGUCGUUGUAUGGAAAUUCUAAUAAGAGAGGCAGAAAGUUCGAGCUACUACCAGAUAAAUAUGCGCCUAAAGUACAAGAAAGGGAAUCAGAGAAUAUGCUUUAUUUUAGUAACCCUAACUCUGCAAAAGCUUUCUUUGAUGAUAGCUAUCAAAAUCCUGACAUCUUGACUAAUUUAGAAAACAAGCGAAGAAAGCUAAAGGACGAUCGCAAAGAUAAACAUCUGCGACAUUUUCUUGAUAAAGCAGUUGGGAAGUCUUCACAGAACAUUUUGCACAACAAGUCAGUGCAUCAACAGGAAGAAAUAAAGAGCACAACAAACCAUGCGAUCAACAGUGGCCUAGUAAAGAAUAUUGGAUUUGAUCCUACGCGCGGCAAAAUGAUGAGUGUUCUGCGGAACAGCGCAAAUGCUCUGCGAGACAACGAUGGAAAACAGUCCUUAGUUAAAGAUGUAAUGAAUAUCAGGAAGGAAAAAAUUGUACUAAAACCUUCUAAGAAAGAAAGAAAGAAUAGGCUUCAAAGAAGAGAAGAGGUCUGGGAGCAUCAUAUGAGCAGCAGAGAAGAUGAUAUCAAUGGUACUGUUGCCCCGGAUGGAGGCACUCUUGAUGAAAGUGACAGUGAACUGGAAAUAGUUUAG